GUGCAGCUCCAGCGGCGGAUGUUGAUGUUUUGUGUCGGAGCUCGCUCAGCGAUAUGUGAACUGCUUCGUAUUUUUAUGCCCACCCUGUCAGUUUUGUCUCGUUUCUUUGCUUUUAAAAAAAGCUUCUCUGUCUGUUGGCACCGCGUUUCUCCCGGUGUCGCUGCCGGGGAGCGAUGAUGGAGGACUUUGAUGAAAUCUACGAAGAGGAGGAGGAAGAAGAAGACGAGGACAGGGCCGCGGAGGAACAGCUCCUCAAGUACGCUCCGGACCCGGUGGUGGUGCGAGGCUCCGGCCACGUCACUGUGUUUGGACUCAGUAACAAGUUUGAGUCAGAAUUUCCUUCAGCACUUACAGGGAAGGUGGCGCCUGAGGAAUUCAAAGCAAGUAUCAAUCGAGUGAAUAGCUGUCUGAGGAAGACCCUGCCAGUGAACGUACGAUGGCUGCUGUGCGGCUGCCUCUGCUGCUGCUGUACUCUGGGCUUCAGCUUGUGGCCGGUUAUCUGCCUUAGUAAAAGGACAAGAAGAUCGAUUGAGAAACUUUUAGAGUGGGAAAACAACAGACUUUACCACAAGUUGUGUUUACACUGGAAACUUAGCAAAAGGAAGUGUGAAACCAACAACAUGAUGGAAUAUGUAAUCUUGAUAGAGUUCCUUCCUAAAAUCCCCAUCUUCAAACCGGAUUAAGGAGAGAACAGAAAGGCCAAACCCUUCAGCGCAGUCCAGCUCUGUCCAGAGGCUCCAAUGGCUGUGAAACCCCUUCCUCUCAAAUACUUCACUUGUGUUUACACCGGUCGCCCCUCUUUUCUCAAAUGUACCUGUUCUACAUCUUUGUUUACAAAUCAGCCGGUUCACUGCUUUUUUUUUUAUGUUGCCAUUAAAGUUUGGCCUUCUGGUCAGGCUGAUGCUCUGUUGACCAGCAUCAACCUGCAGGGUGUAAGUGGACAAGCAGCCAUGGGUGGGGAUGUGGAUUUUGGACCUAAACAGAAGACUUGACCCUCAAAUGGAGUUCUGUGAGGACAGAAAUACUGGACAUUUGUGACUCUUAUCCCUAAAUUAAGCACAUGGCACAGUCAGACUAAUACUAACCUUUUACUGUGUCACACCAUUACUCUUUCUUUUUGGUUGUUGUUGGCUUGGUGCCCUGGAUCUGCACCAGAGGCUGUGGAGACGAGAUGGGACAGAACAUCAGAGUUCAUCCAAAUAAACGUUUAGGUUCACUCAUCAACCUCUGGAUGUCUUUUUGCCCUGUGCACAACCAGUGACAAUCACAAACUCUUUCUGCUCUCUUUAGAGCAUAAAUGGCUCUUUGUGCUACACAGUUUAUCCAAAGCAGUUAGGUUUCAAUGUUGUUAGUGUCCACGUGAUGGACUGGUCGCCUAGCAACUGGGCAAAGAAAAAAACAUACUUCCUUUUACGAUGUUCCUUUCAUUAAUGGAUCUGGUUUUGUUUACAUUUUUGCUAAUAGAAACAGUCGAUUCUUGCAAAGUGUGUGGGUGGGUCAGACUGAAAAACAAGCAAAAUUGAAAUGUAGGAAAAACCUGCCAACAAAAGGUUUAUUUCCCCCUUUUUUUUCUCUUUUUUUAGCCAAUAUUAUGUUUUUUAUUGUUUUGUGUACCCGCAGUGUUGUUAAAAUUUUAUUUUUUUGGCUAUUGUUAAAUCUAUGGCAAAGUGUGGGCAGUGAAGCACUGUCAGCUGAGGACUUUUCAUGACCUGUCACCUUACUGCAAAGCUUGACUUGUUCCUGGCUGUUUGAGUCCAAAACAAAGAUGAGAGCUCUGCUGUAUUUCAAACUUUCUUUCCAACAUGUUUAAGGUUUAACAAACCAGGAGCAAGAAUUAAGAGCUGCAGCAAUGAGUUUUUUUUUUUUUACUAGCAUGACUUCUAAGGUGAAAACCCCACAGAUGUCACCCCUCAUAGCUUCAAUGUGCUUUGUUUACCGUUGGAUCCAAUUCUUUUUGUGGUGUGAAUUUAAGCCAUUUUAAGGUGUCACUCCUGUUUUUCUCAUUUGAAUACACCAUCACCACAGAUUCCCUGUAUCCACAAAAGGAUUUAAAACCAUGUCUGCUAUGAAGUUGCUUUUAUUGAAAAACCACCGCUUAAAUAACAUUGGAUUAUACAGUUGACAGUCAUUUUUGAAUACAUUACCCUGUAGUGUGCAGAAUAUUAUAACCUGCUGCAGCAUGAUGAGAUGACAGUUGCUUAAUUAGUUGGGCUGUCUGCUGAAUUAGCCAUUUAGGUGGUUCCUGAAAAGAAAAGAAAAAAAGAAUUUUGCAUUUUUCCCUCCUUUUUUUUGUUUAACAGGAAAAAUGUGUUUUGGCCUUUUUCAGGUAGCUCACCAGCAGUGUGCAGCAAACAGUGGAAAAAGAGGCACUGACUCCUUUCUCCAUCUGAUCAGACUGAGGCUAAAUUCUAGCAACAUUUUACCUGUAAAUUGUAGCGGUAAAAAAAAAAAUAAAAAGUUGGUAUAUGUUUAUAGAGAAAGCAGACCUUAUGUUACCCACUGUAGAGACUAACAGGCACAUUCAUGGCACCUUAACUUAUUUUUCCCCCCAUUAAUUUCCAGACAACUCUAAGCACUGUUUAGUUUGACAUAUUUCCAACUUUUGCUAAAGAAACAAGUUUGGAUCAACAAAGACUGGUUGUAAGAGCCCUCUAUGUUUAGGUUUCUCCACGCGUGUCUGUAAAACGGUGUCUAAACAUCAACACACAUUGACUGAGAAACACAUUUCUGUGGAAUCUAAACAAAGCCACCGUUAUAGCUGUGGUGACUCUAUGGGUGGCACUCAGGGGACAUAGAUAACAUAAUGUAGCAUUAGAAAUAUUCCUGUUGUCAUUUAUUUUCCACAGCCUCGACAGGGUGUCAUGUACUGUAUCGUAGUACAAAGACCACACAUUACUUGAAUAACUGUACAAAUUAUGCAUUUGGAGUAAAAAAAAAAAGAAGUCAAUAUUGAGUUCCUGAUGUCUUUGGUCUUUUCAGUUUGAACAUGCUUCACCCACCUACACAGAAUAAAAGUACUACUUUAUCUUAUAAAGAAAAACGAUUUCCUGCUAAUCGUUACUGAUUGGUGUUUUGGUUCUUCUCUCACUUUUCUACUUUUUCUAUUGUCCUCUGCUUUUCAAAAUUAAAGGCAUCAGGUGUUUCUUUUCGUUUUGGUAUGUGCACAGUGUACGCCAGAUGCAUUCUGGUUUAGCUGAUUGUGUGGUUGAGUUUUACACAGAAAUGCAUAAAUUUUGUAUGAGUGUAAUCUGUGAAUAUUUGAGUGAGAAAAAGCUAUAUCCACAUGUAGAUAUAUGUACAGAUGUAAAACUACCAAUAAAAAGACCAUGGAAAUCUUUCUUCCUC